UUCAAAGUCUCCUAAUAUCCAUGCAGACUAUAAAGACAGGGUCACGACUCAAUGCUAUUGUAAUUAUUGCUGACAGUGUCUGUGUUGGUGCUACUACUAAUUAACAGCUUGUCUUCCAGGAUCGAGGAGACCUGAAUCAGAAGUGAAAGAUGGCCCAUGCCGCUACAGGUCAGUUGUCCUUGUGUCUCUCACUGCUCCUGUGCUGUGCUCUUUUGUGCAGUGUCAACGGUCAUGAUCAGAGCGCUUUCACAGAAACUGACUUGCAGCUGCAGGCUGCAGCACCUUCCACUGAUGUAUUCGCUAAAGGAAUAAAGACUGUGAUGGAGUCAUUAGUGAGUGAAUUUAAAGAGAAAGCUCCGAAGGAUGUGCAGAAAGCUCUUUGUAAUCACAUCAAAAGAAAUAUUCAGAAACUUGUGUCUCAAAACAAGCUGCGAGCAACAGGUGACAGUGUGUAUCGUAAGGUCAGAUCCAAAGCUGUGUCAAUGGCAGACAUCUUCGCCAAUAAUCAACUAUUGAAGAAAGUACCAGUCCUUGAAGUCACUGUGAAAUGCGCCCCAUUGUACAUUGCAGUGAAGAGUCGACCCUUUGGUGGCAGUUUUACCAUCAUCCCUAACCUAUUGCAAGUUAGUCAGCUCUCCGUGACAAUGGUACUGCCGCAAACACUCAAACCAUCGAUAGUCUUUAGUGGAACUGUGACAAUAGCCGGACAAUCUAUAAAUGUGCAAAUCACGUACACAUUCAGUAAAGAUGGGGAGUUUGAAGUCUUAGCAGACACUCGCUUGCCAUCUCCCAAAUUGAAAGAAGUAGUACAGCGAUUGACAAGUCUCUCCAUUCCACUACCUAGUAGUGUUGGAUUCUUAGACAAGGCUAUCCUUAAAAUGAAGGGCACAUUCACUAAAAACCUUGACGGAGACAUGAUUAUUGAGGUUCAACUAAAAUCUGGCAAUCAAAUCUUUGCAAUUUUACAGAGGGAGAAUGAUAAAACGAAGACAGCCAUUGCUGCCGACAUAGCAAAAAUUCCACUAAGCCAUUUCAUUCGCAGUGUGACUGGACAAGAUAUAUCUUCUGUUCCAUUUUUAGGCACUCUCAUGCUACCUGAACUUGGUGUGACUGUGUCGAAACAAACCAUCGUCUCUGAACUUGCAAGUGAGCAAUUUAAAAACACCCGUCUACUGAAAUAUUUUGCAGAAAACAUUCCUUCUGGCUUGACUGCAUUCAUUAGAAUCGAGUCUAUGAAAGUCAUAAUGAAAGUGACCUAUGACAGUGAGCAAAUGAGUCUCAAAGUAAAAGAAGGAGUUUUGAGUGUCCGAACUUUUCUGAAACAAAUCCGAGUAAAUGUUGGACGAAUCCCAUUGCCUGCAGGCUUCGCUCAUAUUUGGGACAUACAAGUUGCUGAGAUAGGCUACAACUUUAAAGAUCGUUUUAUUUUCAUGACCUUUGAGCUGAAAAAGACGCUGAGAUAUUUUCGUGGACUUAUCCAAGUGAUGAACCCUACUGUGCGCUUAGAAAUCAAACAACCAAAGAGUGAAGUAACCAUGGAAGCAAAUGGAUUCGUGACAAUUGCUGGUACCAAGUUCUCGGUUCUGAUCACAAAGGGAGAUGACGGAAAGUACUACUUGGAUGCUUCUGCAAAAAAGAUAUCUUUCGGAUCUGUACUAAAAAGUUUCCAAACUAGCUUUUUGCCUCCCCAGCUUAGUUCUCUUGCAAGUUCGUUGCCAUUCCUUAACUUUGGAGUGAAGGAUUUCAGGAUUGUGCUGCCUUUCGACAAACAACAUCCUCAAGUAUAUUUAUCGGGAAAGCCAGUGAUAGCUGGUUACAGUCCUUUGAAAAUAUCUGCCGUGAUAAUUCGACAAAAGAAGAAGACUAUAACUAUUUUAGAGAUUGAUCUUGGCCGUCCUAGUUUGGCUCAUGUUCUAGGCCAGAUAGCUCCUGGAGCAGCUGGUACUCUGAAGCACAUAGCCAUUCUCAAUCAAAACAUUCCUAUACGAAUCAUAAUUUCUCCGAGAGGUGUUAGAGGUGUGAAAUUAUCAAAAGAGAUCGCACAAACUUUCAACAUACACCGAGGAAUAACGUUGCGUGCUGAUUUAACAAUGCCAUCAAGCUGCGGUAAAGAUAAAUUUUGUGAAGUGGUCCAACAUCUCAUUCCAGGAAACACUAGACUGAGCAUGGAAGCUAGUAUUGUGAGCACUACAUAUUUUCGAGUGCAAGCAGUCAUCUCGGGAGACAUUAAGAUUCCUGGUGGCCUAAUAACUAUGAAGCAAGCUGGACUGGAAGUUAAAGUUGCUGGAGGGGUGACAAGUAUUGGUAUUAUUGGAAAGGUUGCCCUCCAUAAUCCAAAGCUUGAUCUAACUGCUAGGAUAUAUCAAUCAGUGACCAGUGUCAUCUUAGAAAUGAUUGUCGCUGGCUGUUGGAAUAAUGCUUUUGGGAUACCAAUUCUUGAUAUUUGUGACAUUCAAGGCUCCGUUGGAAUUGGACCUGAAACUGGGAUUUCUGAGAUUGCUUUUGGUGGUAAGAUAAAAUUUGGCCCGAAGAAAUGCCGCCCACUCACAGCCAUUGGAUAUGUCGGCAUAAACUCCAACAAUCCAAAUCAAAACUACUAUUACGCUAAGUUACCAGGACGGUCACUUUCUGUUCUCCUUCGAGCAAUGUGUAUCAAUACCAGAAUAAUACCGGCACCAAUUGCGAACUCUGGACUGAUGCCUGGGUCCUUGUUUUCAUUUAGUGUUGUUGGUAAAUCCAUCCCUGAAAUACAGCUACACAUACCCCCAGGUCUUCAACUGAACGGAAGAAUAAACAUUCUUGGAUACAUAGUGUCAGCUAACAUCAAACUUAAUCCUCUCCGAGGAAUUUAUGUUGCCAUUUCAAUGCCUCCUUUGAAUAUUGCCGGAGGCCUUCUCAAGAUAUACAGAUCUCACUCCGACAGGUCACAUGGACCUUUUUUGAAAGCUGACCUAAGGCCGCCAACCAUUAAAGUUCAAGCUUGUGGCUACAUAUCAGUGUUGGGCAUAUCAGUCAGCUCUUGCCUGAAGAUAACGAUAAAGGAGUUGAUGUUCACUAUUCAUGGCCAAAUUCUCCACAUUAUGAGAGCUUCGCUGACUAUAUAUACACAGAGUGGAGGUUCGCUUAUAACGAGAAACUUCCAAGCUAAGGGUACGAUUAAUCCUGGAGAGUUUCACAGGCUUGUGAAUCCUGUUAGAAAUGCAGUCAGCCGUAUUGCAAAUGUGGCUGGUAAUGCGAUACGUAAAGCAACGAAUUUCAUAAGUAAUCGCCUGAAUGUGUUUAACAGAGCCAAUUCGGCGCUGAACAGAGCUAGAAAGGCGUUGGGUAGACUGCAAGGUCGCUUCAACGGUGCUGCAAAUCGAGUGAACUCACUUAGGCAUCGUGUCAACAGCAUCUGUCAUAUUCGACAUUGUGGAUCCAAGUGUAUCGUACCACGCUGUGGUUGCCGUCGACGAGGAUGGAGUGUCAGGUGUAGCUGUUCAGGUUGUCGUCAUAGCAUCACCGACCCAAUCUGCUAUGGCCAAAACAAAGUUUGCCAAGGAUUGAAGGCAGUGGCAACUGGAGCGCUGAAUGUAGCAUCUCGUUUUCUCAAUGGAGUUAGCCGUGCCCUUGGGGGAGCCAGGAGGAUUUUCCAUCAUGCUAUGAAUUUGGUUAAUACCGCCAGAAGGGCAUGGAACUAUGCACGCAGGCAACUCGACAACGUCAAAAAGAGACUCCAAAACGGUGUUCGAAUGCUCAACCAGAUUAAACUGCGUGGUUUGAGUAAUGUUUUUGCUGUUGAGCACAUUAGCAUUGAAGCACCUCUGACGAAUGCUGCUCUUGGUAAAUAUCAUGCCUCCCUUCGUGUGAAGAUUCAAGGAAGACGUCGACACUUCAGUUUUGGUAUCAAUCUCAGAAAAAUUGUGCAGUCGAUCAUCCGUCCUCUCGCUGCACACCUCGGAGUUGGAGGCCUGAUUGGUCGAAAGUAGAUACGAUCGCAGUUCGUAGUUAGUUCCUUAUAGUCGUACAAUACUGUCUAGUGUAUAUAGGGUAUACUGAAACUCAACUCAUCUUUAGAUUAGCCCCACAGAACAGUAUAGCUGAUUCUGAACUUUAACUCGUACUUUAGUAGCUGUUUUUCACUGCUAUCACUCCGUUUAUUCUCGUAGAAUGUAGUUAAUAUUAAUG